UUAUGUUAUGUAUAUUAUAUAUAUUACAUAUAGAAUAUGUUUUAUAUAUUAUAUGUAUAUAUAUAUAUAAAUAAAAUAUAGAAACGUGUGUAUGAAUGAAUCCACAGAGGACUCCAUGUCCCAGAAUGCCCUGCGGCUCAGUGGUCCAGGGUGGCCGGUGAGGAGGCGUGUUCAGUCGGUCAGCAUCCUGAAGAGCAGCCGGUAAACACCGCGACGCUCCAUCUGCACCGGCGGCUCUCGGUCUGUUUUCUGCCCGGCGGAGGAGCACUUAUCCCGGCCUGACGCCCGCACAUUGUCCGCGUUCCUCCCGGUUGUUUCCGGUUCCUCCCGGUUGCCUGUCUGCUGCUCGCGGUGCCCGGUGCGAUGGGCGACGCGGCGGAGUGCGGCGUGAAGGUGAUGUGCCGCUUCAGGCCGCUCAACCAGUCGGAGCGCAGCCGCGCGGACAAGUACAUCCCCAAGUUUAACGGAGAGGACACGGUGGUGGUGGCGGGGAAGCCGUACGUGUUCGACAGAGUCCUCCCCCCCAACGCCGAGCAGGGCCAGGUCUACGACACCUGCGCCCGGCAGAUCGUCAAAGAUGUGCUGGGAGGAUAUAACGGGACCAUCUUUGCUUACGGUCAGACGUCAUCAGGAAAGACUCACACCAUGGAGGGGAGUCUUCACGACCCUCGUCAGAUGGGGAUCAUCCCCCGGAUCUCCAGAGACAUCUUCGACCACAUCUACUCCAUGGACGAGGACCUGGAGUUCCACAUCAAGGUCUCUUAUUUUGAAAUCUAUUUGGAUAAGAUCCGAGACCUUCUGGACGUGUCCAAGACCAACCUGUCGGUCCACGAGGACAAGAACAAGGUUCCCUAUGUGAAGGGCUGCACGGAGCGGUUUGUUUCCAGUCCUGAUGAAGUGAUGGACGUCAUCGACGAGGGAAAAGCCAACCGCCACGUGGCCGUGACCAACAUGAACGAGCACAGCUCUCGCAGCCACAGCAUCUUCCUCAUCAACAUCAAGCAGGAGAACAUGGAGACGGAGCUGAAGCUGUCGGGGAAGCUGUACCUGGUGGACCUGGCGGGCAGCGAGAAGGUGAGUAAAACUGGAGCCGAAGGCGCCGUGUUGGACGAAGCCAAGAACAUCAACAAGUCCCUCUCCGCCCUGGGGAACGUCAUCGCCGCGCUGAGCGAAGGAACCAAGACACACGUCCCGUACCGAGACAGCAAGAUGACUCGGAUCCUGCAGGACUCCCUGGGGGGGAACUGUCGGACCACCAUCAUCAUCUGCUGCUCCCCGUCCGUGUACAACGAGGCGGAAACCAAGUCCACCCUCAUGUUCGGACAGAGAGCGAAGACCAUCAAGAACACGGUGUCUGUGAACCUGGAGCUGACUGCCGAGGAGUGGAAGAAGAAGUACGAGAAGGAGAAGGAGAAGAACAGGAGCCUGAGCGUCACGAUACAGAAGCAGGAGAACGAGCUGAGGCGCUGGAGGAAAGGUGAGUCUGUACCUGUGGACGAGCAGCUGAGCAGCAGGAACAAGAAAAGCAGCAGCGAGGCGCCGGCGGCGACGGACAGCCCGGCGCCGCCGGCGCUCCCGCUGCCCGAUGAACAGAAGACGCAGUACGAGACUCUGAUCACCGACCUGUACCACCAGCUGGACGACAAGGAUGAGGAGAUCAACCAUCACAGUCAGACUGCAGAGGAACUGAAGCAGCAGCUGGUUGACCAGGACGAGCUGCUGGUGUCCAGCCGUCAGGACUAUGAGCGUGUGCAGGAGGAGCUGUCACGGCUGCACAGGGAAGGGGACUCGGCCAAAGAGGAAGUAAAGGAGGUGCUGCAGGCGCUGGAGGAGCUCGCCGUCAACUACGACCACAAGAGCCAAGAAGUGGAGACCAAGAACAGCACCAACAGUCAGCUGAACGAGGAGCUGGCGCACAAAACUGUGACUCUGGAGGCGGUUCAGAAGGAGCUGUUCUCCCUGAACGAGGUCAGUUCUCAUCACAAGAAGAGGUCCACGGAGAUCCUCAGCCUGCUGCUCAGAGACCUCAGCGACAUCGGCAGCGUCCUCGGUACCACCGACCUCAGAGCUAUGACGGAGACGAGUGGAGUAAUGGAGGACGAGUUCACCACAGCCCGCCUCUACAUCAGUAAAAUGAAAUCUGAGGUCAAAUCUCUGGUGAACCGCAGCAAACAGCUGGAAGUCAACCUGACGGAGAACAUCAGCCGGAUGGAGGACAACGAGAAGGAGCUCAACUCCUGUCAGCUGCUCGUCUCACAGCUCCGGGCGAAGAUUGUGUCUCUGGCAGAAGACCUGCAUCGGGUGGAGCAGGAGAAGAGGAAGCUGGAGGAGAGUCAGGACGGCCUGAUGGAGGAGGUCGCCAAGCUCGACGCUCAAGGUCAAAUGCACGAGGUGUCGGUGAUGGACAAAGAGAAAGAACACAUGAGCCGACUGAAGGAUGCUGUUGAGAUAAAGAGAACCCUGGAGGAGCAGAUGGAGAACCACAGAGAAGUCCAUCACAAGCAGCUGAGUCGCCUCCGAGACGAGAUCGAGCAGAAGCACCGAGUGGUGGAGCAGUUCAAAGAUUUCUUGUUCCGACAGAGUUCGGAGAACGACGGCGACGAGGCCGGCGGCAGUCUGGCUCAGAGGCAGAGGAUCGUCUUCCUGGAAAAUAACCUGGAGCAGCUGAGCAAGGUCCACAAGCAGCUCGUGAGGGACAACGCUGACCUUCGCUGCGAGCUCCCCAAGCUAGAGAAGCGUCUGCGGGCGACGGCGGAGCGAGUGAAAGCUCUGGAAGCGACCCUGAGAGAGGCCAAGGAGUCGGCCGCGAGGGACCGCAAACGCUACCAACAGGAAGUGGACCGCAUCACGGAGGCGGUGCGCUCCAAGAACGUCUCCAGGAGAGGACACUCGGCUCAGAUAGCCAAGCCAAUCAGAGCCGGACAUCAGCACCAUCAGCACCCGUCCUCCUCUGCACCCGUCAGACUGGCCAUCCGAGGAGGCGGGGUCAGGUCCAGUCCACGUCAUCACUCCCCCCGACAGCAACCGCCUCAACAACCAGAGAAACAACAACAACAACAACCUCAUCAGAGCUUCAAGUGGAAGACAACGCCAGAUGAGUUUUCACCGCUCUGCCUUCCUGGAUCCUCCUCUGCCCACUUUCUAACAGCCAUUCCACCUUAACAGCCAUUCCACCUUAACGGCCAACAAGUGCUUAUUAUCUCUUUGGCUUUUCAUUCAGUCAAUUCAGUUGGAUAACAAGUUUAAUAAAUACAAAUAAAUGAUAGUACCUGAUAAUGGUAAAUAAGUUGAAUAAUUGGCUUUGACAGGUUAAAUAAUGUCAUCAUAAAUAUGUUAAAUUAAUUCAAUAAUGUGUUUAAAGUGGCAACAGACAACUUCAUGAAUGUAUUUGAUCUUCUCGGGACUACAGGGGCGUUAGCUCAUGAGCUAUAACUCAUCAAUAUGAUUAUCACGCACCGCCUCUGGUGAACAGCCAAGAGUUUUUAUUUUGCUCAUUUUAGAAGAAAAACGGCAUCGAUUGUGAAAACAAUGUUUGUUAAUCAUUUUGAUAUAGUGAAAUACAAACAACUCGUCUAUUGCCACUUUAAUGACUUAUCGAGUUAAUGAGUUAAUAACAGUUGAAUAAGUCAGUUCCUAAUAAUAAUAAUAAGUUUCUACCUGCAGUUGGAGGAGUUGAAUGAAAAUAACUCGAAGGAGUUUUCUUUCGAUUCUCCGACGGAAAGAUGUUGAUAUGAAUCUAAAUGUUUAAAUCUCACUUGAUAGAAUAGAAGUCAUCAGUCAUCAUUACAGGUGGAACGUUUCCACUUUUACAUUCCGGCCCCGUGAAUCGAUGUUCAGGAAAAUAAAAUAACAAUGAAUGUUUUUAAGUGAACACAUGGUGUCAGAGGUGAUGUGAGGAACAUCUGGAUGUAAAGUUGACCUCAUGGAUGAUCUGUGUUUCCUCCUCUGGAACAGCUGGAACAAUCAUUUAUGUUCACGUCGUGUUCCUGAGCUUUGAGGAACAUUUACAGCGUUGUCAUCGUGAUGUACCGUCCACACAAACAACAACAACAACAACACAAUGUUCAUCGUCUGAACUGUGUCCCUUUUGGAAAAUAAAUACAUGAACAGUUAGGAAUAAUAAAAUAAAACCAGAUAUAAUGAAGAACUCGUUGUAAUUGUUGUUAUAGUUACAAUACAAGACGGCACAAAAGUUACAUAAUGAUGAGAUAUUGUUGAAUUAAGUAAUUUAAUGAUUAAAGAAAUAAAGGAUAUCGGAACUUUAUUAAAUUAUGACGUUACUUCCAAAAGCACAAUUUAACAUGAUAAAUGUAGACAUGAAGAUAUUGUGACUUUCCUUUAGAAAUUCACAUAUAUACAUAUAUAUAUAAAUGUAUAUACAUAUAUAUGUAUAUAUAUAUAAAUAUAUACAUACAUAUAUAUGUAUAUAUAUUUGUGUAAAUAUUUAUUUAUAUAAUUUUAUUAUAAAUAUAUUUCCGUUUUUUUUAUUUGAUAACAUUUUGACUUUUUAUAUCAGUCAAAUAUACGUGACAUACAAUAAAUACAUAUGAAUAAAACAGAAGUUAUGGAUAGCCCAAUACUUCACUCCAUAUUGACGUAUACUGAUGUACAUUUUUGUUUUAUUAUUCCUAACAUUUGACGAUGUUUUUAUUUUCCUGGCCUGAAUGUUUAAUCAACCUGAUAUUGUGUUUUUUAAAACUAAUUUAUAGAUUUUUGAAAUGGUUGUCUUUGCUACCUGAGACGUGUUCCUCCGCUCAGAUUGUUUCUACCGCUGUAAACUUUCCACGGUGAUGAAGUGUUCUGUGUCUGUUGUCGCUGAACGUUGUUCUGAAGUUUUUAUUGUCGUGUUCUUCACGUGUUAUUAAAGUGUAGCUCAGUUA